UGUUUAUAUUCCUGUAUCGUUUUCAAACAUGUCUUUUCUGCGGAUCUGCGCCUCAACAAGCAGACGUGUCGCCUCCAGCACCGCAGCUGUGGACUCGAUCUUCACCGGAUGUGUGCGGACGACCAGUGGAGUCGUGAAGGACAGUGAGCCACUGAGGAAGGCCAAAACCCCACAGGGGCGCUUUGAUGCCCCCGAAGAGACGAGCAAAGACGUUCUAGAAAAAUUCCCAGAUGAUGUGAACCCAGCAACCAAGGAAAGAGGUGGUCCUCGGGGUCCAGAGCCCACCCGCUACGGGGACUGGGAGAGGAAGGGCCGCUGCGUGGACUUUUAGCUCCAACUCCUGGAUUAUGAAGACGUGCAGUCCACGUGGAGGCGCUGUGACAGAUCCUGGGUGCUUCUGCUGUGGGAUGAUCACGGACGGUGGAGAGAAGCUUCCUGAACAAAGAAGUUGCCCAAACUUCAUGUCUUGUGUGUCAUUUCAAAGAUGAACCUCUUUAGUGACUGUUUUUGAAGAAAAGUGGUUCCGUGUACAUUUUAGAUCUGAACUC